CGCAUCCCCCAUUCCUCCCCUUCAUGCAGCAGCCAGUCCAUGCUCGAAUCCAGAUCAAAACAAAAUAUAUAAAUCAAUAGUUUCUUUUCGUCUGUGCCGUGCUGCUCGGCUCCUCUCAAACCUUCAAUUACACAAAAACUUGGCAAGGUACUAAUUCUGUGAAGAAAGAUUUGUCCACAUUUGGGCUGCCCUGGAAAAUCGCGAAUCGGUGGAAAAGUGGGUGCCGAGGUGCUCCGACUUUUCCCAACCACCAUGGCCGUCGCUGGAAAUUUCUUGGCUCGAAUAUUGAAAGUGUCUAGAUGAAGACAUAGGAGGAACCAAGCUCCAUAAUGUCUACCAUUGGUUGUUCUUGAUCCGCAGGAUGCUGUUCUCUCAAUCAGAUAUUUCAUGGCAUGCUACUAAAUUAUACAGCUAAAAUCAUAAGAAACACAGAUUUUAAAUCUAUAAAUCAUCCCCAAAAACUCCAUAAUUCCUCAAAAAUUAAAGCAACCCUGCGAAUGCUUCUGGGAAAUUUCUCUUCGUCUGAAAUAUGGAAGAAAAAUGCUUUUGAAAUCAACAGAAAAUUCAGAGCUAGAGGAUAUUUUUAAGCUCUGCGGGAGUCUGCUUAAAUCCAUCUUAUUGAUAUGUAAGUGGAGCGCAAACUGUUUGAGCCAACGCUUGCCAUGGGCAGUGCCUCUUCCAAGUUUAAGAAAUACCUUCAGCAUGGAGAUGAGUAUGCUGCCAUGCAGGUAUUCCAAAGCUCACCUGAGCUGAGGAAACACCUGGACCCAAAUCUCAGUUACGGAGACAAUCACCAACACAACACGGCCCUUCACUACGCUUCCAAACAUGGGAUGAAACACUUGCUUAGAACGUUCCUCAACGAUUUAGGAGGCAACCCUAACAAGAAAAACAGCAGUAAUGAAACAUCUCUGCACAUGGCCUGCAACCUUGCCCAGCAGAAAUCUCUUUCCGCGCAAGAGAGACGUGCCGCCUGCGUCUCCCUUCUGCUGCAGUGGCGUGGGGUACCCCUACCUUCUGGAGAUAAAGAAAAAAUGGCAAUUGAUUCUGUUGAUCACCAAGGAAACACGGCACUCCACUGUGCUGCUCAGUCUGGCCUGCAGAGGUGCGUCGAGAUUUUGGUGGCGGCCAGUGCUCCCCUGUUUUUCGAGAACAUUGAUAAAUUGACCCCUUGUGACCUAGCCAUGCAAUUCGGCCACCAUGAAAUAGCUCAAUUUCUGGAGACUAAAAUGGUUUUUACUGAUAAUAGCGACACAGUCAACGAAGAUGAAGUGCUAAGGAGCAAGGGGUUAAAAGGGUUAAAAACUAGUGAAGAAGAAACCAACGACCAGCAAAGCGAGGAAAAUGAAGAGGAAGAGGAUGAAGUUUACACUGGUUUGCGGACGCAGGACUUGCAGGAAGCAAAAGAUCAGCUUUUGGUUGAAACUGCGGAUAUGCUGCACAUCCCUCUUUUUACCGCAGAGGCACUGCUGAGGGACAAUGAAUGGUCAAGGGAGGCUCUGUUGGAGAAGUGGAUGAAGGAGCCUGUUUUAUGCUGCCAAUUAGCUGGCGUUCAGCCACCUCCUUCGGCGCUCGAGCACUCAAGUCUUGUUCCAGCUGCCGAUGAUGCUGCCCUAGGCUCACCUCCAGUUGUCCCUUCACCAAUUAGGAAAAGAGAACGCAUGCCCCUACCUUCAGAGGCGGAUUUUGUGUGCGAAAUUUGCACUUGCCCCAUGCCCAUAUGGGACGAGCCAAUUCAGAUGAGCUGCGAACACCAGUUUUGUUUUUCUUGUUGGAACAGGUACUUGACGCUGAAGAUUCAGGAGGGCGACGCUCACCACAUUUUCUGCCCUGCUUUCAACUGCCACAUUUUGGUCCCAGUUGACAUUAUAGAGCAUGUGGUCAGCGCGGAAAUGGCCAGGAGAUAUUUGCAGUUUGACAUCAAGGCGUUUGUAGAGACGAACCGAAGCAUUAAGUGGUGCCCUUUGCCAGGAUGUGGGAGGGCGGUCAGGUUGCCCCCAGAGUCAUAUGACAACUCCCUAAGCUCUGCAAAUAAUGGCCCUUUGAGCACCUCACAUGCAGUUGACUGUGGAAAUGGUCACUUCUUUUGCUGGGAGUGCUUAGGAGAGGCUCAUGCACCGUGCGGUUGUGAGCAAUGGAAAGAGUGGCAGAAAAAAAUUUCCGAUAUCAAACUGGAAGAGUUGGAAACUUCCUGUUCUGGAAGUGAGGAGGCGGCCAAUUGCUUGUGGUUGGUCACAAACUCAAAACCCUGCCCCAACUGCAAAUCCCCAAUUCAGAAAAACGAGGGGUGUAAUCACAUGAAGUGUUCAAAAUGCAAAUUUGACUUCUGUUGGGUUUGUUUGGAAACUUGGAAGAAACAUAGCUCGGCAACUGGAGGGUACUUUAGAUGCAAUAGAUUUGAGAUUGCUAGUCGUCUUGAUGAGAAACAAGGCGCCAUGCUCAAUGAAGCUGCUCAACGCAACCAACAGCUGCAGGAACUCACCCGCUUCCUCCACUACUACACCAGGUUCCGCAACCAUGAAAAUUCGCAGAGAUUAGAAUUACCAUUGCUCAGCGCCGUUCCACACAAAAUGCAGCUCUUGGCCGCCUCACUGCACAAAGCUCAAAACCCAAGGCCUGAUUCUUGCAGCACUCUUAAAUCUCCAAAACUGCAGAAAGGCACUAAAUUCAUUGAAGAAGCUGUUAGAGAACUUUUGAAAGCUCGCAGGGUCUUAUGUGGCUCCUAUGUCUAUGGUUACUAUUUAGAAGACAAUGGAUACAAUAAGGCUAUGUUUGAGCUGAUGCAGAACGAGUUAGAGGAAGUGACAGAGAAGUUGUCCGAACAAGUAGCUCGCCCUUAUCUACGAACCCCACGGACUGCUAUUAUGCAAACCACUGCCUUGGCAAGGAAGAGGCGGCACGAAUUUGUUAAGGCCAUUGACAAGGGGCUGGCACCCCCAGAAACUCCACCAGAGCAAAGAAGAAAUCAGGUUGCUCAAGCAAUAGCAAAAAGCUGGAUGAAAGAUGUGCAAGGAACCCACGUGUUGAACUCAAUAUUUGAGUGGCCUCGUUUUGAAACUGAACAAGAAGAGACUGAUGUUGAUCAAGCUAUUGCAGUUAGCAUAGUAGGCAAAUGCACUCGGCCCAAUUGUGAUCGCCCAAGAGCUAGAAACCCUUGCACAGGCACAAUUUAUGAUUUUUGCAGUCUCAACUGCAGCAGGACAUCCACAGGUUUGCAGCAUGAUGCUGAAAUUACUGCGGAUGUUGACCUAGUGAUAGCAUUAGAAAUGUCACGCUUACAAAUGAUUGAGGACCAAAUGAAAAAGCAGCAGAGGGAAAUGAGAGAGGGACUGGCUGGUACCAGCGCCUCCUCUGCCAUAAGCAUUCCCACUGUUUCCACGCAAAAAGCGGAGGGCGACGACUCUCUGCUGAAACUGGCCAUUCACCUUUCUCUGCAAGAGAACAAAAGUCAGAAGACGCCCAUUGUGUGCUCAGCCUGCGUGUCCAGCCUGCGAACGCCCUCCCCAUUGUCCAAUGACAACUCGAGUUCAGUGGACGUCACCGUGGAUUCUUUUUUGAAAAGCCUGGCGGCAUGCGACCUGGAGACCUUUGACGCCACCAUCAGUCGCCGGUGGAACGCCCGAUUGGUGGAGGACUCUGACUCAACGACCAUCUGCUUCCAAAGUCACCACCGCGGCGGAGGCAUGGAGGAUGGCCGCUUCGAGAUUGGGGAGAUCCACGAAAACGGUGGCCGCUUCACCGAAGACGAUGCGACUGCGUCCAAAGUCAUGCGGAGGUCACACUCGACAGGUGACCUCUGCACCAAGCCGGUCGCAGUGCCCUCCUGCUCGUACUUUGAUUCGGACCACAGCCACCAUGACGACAAACCUGAGGAACUGGCUCGAAGGAAUCUGCGGCAGGCGGCCAGUGCCGAAGACGACCGGCCGCUGGACAGCAGCCCUUCUUGCAUGAUCAACUUUGGCGGCCAGUCGUCCAUCGAGGACACGUCCGACUCGUUGAAUGCAGACAUGGAGGUUUGCGGAAUUCUGGGCACCACAGACGACGACAGCAGCAGGAAGGACGAGGAGGAACUCCUGCCACCCCUCCCACCAAAACCCAGGCAGGACGUCUUCCUCACCCAUAAGACCCUGAGGAUCCGUAUCUGCAAAUCUCCCAAACUGGAGACGGACAGCUCCAACGAGUACGAGUCCGAAACUGGAAUUCCGAAAUCUCCCACCCUGUUCAUUUCAGGCGUGUCUAUCAGUCGCACCCCUGAGCCCAUGUCGCCAGCCCUCGCCGCCCUGGCAGGUCGGCAGUCGCGCUCCUCUAGCCUGACCGUGCCCACGGCCAACAACUCCGUCUCCCCCGACCCAAACCACUCCCCCAAGUCACCCCUUUUGGAGCCAAAUUCACCGCGAGGGUCGCGCUCCUCUAGUCUGGUGGUCCCUCCGAAUAACAUGCUGUCAUCAACCUCUACAUUGAGCGCAGGGUCGUCCGCCCCGGCCUCCCCCACGUCUCCCUCCUCCCCCAAGCAGGCCAGUUCACCCACCCUGCAUUCACCCAAAGGUUCCAAGUCGGCCAGCGAACCUGAGAGGGAGAAGGAAAUGUUCCGGUUUCCCAAAUCUUCGACGGACGGCAACCUGAGCUCGGUGUUGCUGGUGCAGGAGAGCAACCUGAGUUCAGACGACUUUCAUGAGGCGCUCUUUCUGGAAAAGUCGCCAAAGUCUUCAAAACGACGCAAAAAAUCAAAAAAGGAUCGCAACAGAGAUCUAAACGCAGCAGCAGCAGAUUCCACGACUGGAAAUUCUUCUAAAUUAGGGACUUGUCUGUCGACCCCUGUGGCAGAACGGAGGGCUGGAAAGGAGGCGAGCUCAGUUUUGUGAGGCUCACCCUGUGAUAUAGUGUGGCGAACAGGUUUACACCUUGGACUGCGUUCAUUGGAUUGGUUUGUUAAAUGGCACUUUUUCGUAUCACGUAAUUAUUGAAUAAGCGUAAACGGAUGAAAAGCGGUACUAAAUGUUAUUCUUGUGUUCUCUAAAAUCACAAUUAAUUACUUAAAAACAAAUCCCCCGGGGAACAUAAUGCAUUUAUGAAGACAACAAAUAAUUCAAAGAAUCUUUUAAAAUACUGCAAGAGCAAUUUGCAUUUUAGAGAUAAAUUUCUGUCACUCUUAGUCGUUGUAAGCUCAUUGAAAUUUAUUUGAAAAAAUUUUGAAUGACUGAUUUAAAACUUGUUAUAUACACUUUGCAAUUCCCUUCUCGCUAGACCCACUUCAAUUCUCUGUGAUGUACUGUGUAAUUAGCGGAGAAAUUUACUUGGAAUAUCAAAUUAUCAUUCUUAAUUGAUUAGCAGUAUCUAAAGAAUGAUUUUAUAAGAUGAAUUUUAAAGUUUCAAAACUGCAUCUCUCGAUCUCUUAAUAAAAUAAUAAUGAAAAAUAAAGUUUAAAAGUGCGUUUUGUAUCACGUCAAACUAACUACUGACACAGAAACAAAAAUUGUAAACCUUUUGACACAACACUGGACAUCACGAUUUUAACUGUUAAUAUUUAAUGUAUGAGGUGUAACCAAAUCAAUGGUUUAUUGUUGAUUUGUAUCGUGCAGAAAUAUAAUGAGUUUGAAAAUAAAUAAUUAUAGUCGUUGUAUAUUGCUGAAUAAAAGUGAAA